GAGAUACAGUUGUUCGUGUUACUGCAGGAUUCAGGGACAGAGAGUCAGAGAGAUAGAGGGAUAAUCUCUCACACCACCUGAACCUGUGGUGGAACACAGCCAACAGACCGACCCAGACCAUCAACUCUACUACCUGAACCUGUCGUGGUGGAACACAGCCAGUAGACAGACCCAGACCAUCAACUCUACUACCUGAACCUGUCGUGGUGGAACACAGCCAACAGACUGACCCAGACCAUCAACUCUACUACCUGAACCUGUCGUGGUGGAACACAGCCAACAGACCUACCUGGGCCAUCAACUUCACAGUCAGCUGUGAAUCAUAUCACUGUGCCCAGUUUUACGCAUCAACAGAGCAAGCGUUUGUGUUUGUCUGUGCAUGCAUAGACCUGGAGCGCAGGUGUGUGGAACCAGCUCAGCCAUGACAUUCCUCCGCAGGUUGCAAUGGAACGACUCCUCCGUUCUAAUCCAUCCUCCAGGGUUCUACAUCAUCGGCUUCACCUCCCUGCCCUUUGCCAACCUCUACUUCAUCUUCCUCGCUUUCGUUUACGUGGUGUCGGUCGUGUUCAACACAUGUGUGAUCUAUAUAAUAUCCGUGGACCUUCGUCUCCACAAUCCCAAGUAUAUCGCGGUUGGUAACCUCGCGGUGGUUGAUCUGGUGCUGAAUACUUGCAUUAUUCCCGGUAUGCUAAAGGCGUUUCUUGCUAAGAACAAUUUUGUGCCGUUUAAUCUGUGUAUGGUACAGAUGUAUGUGUAUUAUUCAUUCAUAUGUAUGGAAUCGUUCUCCAUCGCCGUGCUCGCCUAUGACCGUAUGAUCGCCAUAUGUUUCCCUCUGAGGCACGGCUCCAUCAAUACCAUGACGAGUAUGUCGUGUAUUCUCGGUGUCAUCUGGUGCUUCUGUCUUGGUAUACCUAUAUUCAGCACAGCCAUUAUGACCAGGCUGUCCUACUGCGAUUCCGUUAACGUCUACAGCUAUUUCUGUGAUUACGCACCAGUGUUUCGGCUGGCAUGUAACGACAACACCCUGCAAUGGGCUGUGGCUUCAGUUCUGAGCCUGGUUAUCCUCCUCGGCCCACUGUCCUUCAUCAUUCUGUCAUACAUGAGUAUUCUAAUCGCUGUGUUCAGGAUGAAAAGCGUUGAGAGUCGUGUGAAAGCGCUGGCCACCUGCACUGAGCACCUCAUUCUAGUGGCAGUAUUCUUCUUUCCGGUUCUGAUUAUUUUCAUGGUUGGGUUAUUAGCGCGCAUCAAACCAGACCCUGACCUGCGCGUACUGAGCCUGUCGCUGGCCUCGUGCAUCCCGCCCUGUCUCAACCCCAUCGUCUACUCUCUGAAAACUAAAGAGAUCAAGAGCAAAGUGCUCACCAUGUUCAGGAGAAUUAAAGUUCAAGUAGUUAACGAUUGAUCUUUACGCAUAGGUUGCUACAUACAGUAGGUUGCUACGUGCGUGAAGUCACCAUCAAAUCAAAUGUAUUGGGCUGUCCAUAUCAAGGGGUUGAAAUGGGGGGACAUGCACUUGGCGUGUCAUUGCUUAAAUUUGAGUUUAUAAUGAGCGAGCAAUGUUUUUAAUCUAUCAUCCGUUUUAUUCUCAACAUUUUCAUUGAUUGUCAUGAUUGUGUCAUGGUUGUCCAUCUGAUGAAGAAGGCCCAUCCACACGCACUCCCCCUUGUUAAACACAAAGGUAUCACAGAAAUUAGUAUCAAUGAUUUACAUUUCCUUUUCAGCUUUCCUACACAUUCUGAAAUAACAACACAUUUGCUCAUCCUAAUCCUGUGUCAUCAGCCAAAUGUAAUCCCUUGAAAUGGGCAUGGUAGGCUCUAUACCCGACUGAAUAUUCCCAACAAAUCAAACACAUACUGUAUCUCUGUAAUGUUUUACUUUCUGAGUGCUUCAACAGGUUUAAAAAGGCUACCUGGUUGAUCCGGUUGUUUUAUCAAUAUGUUCUCAAUAUUUGUCACUAUGUUUUUAUCUGUUUAAGUCCUGAUCUGUAAAGCUCACUGGACUGCAAUAUAUUCUAAGAAAGAUGGUAAAGAAAUAAGGUCUAUUAUUAUUAUCGUCAUCAUGCUUUGUGAAAUACAAGCCUUGGCUUAAACUGCAGGGUUAGAAACAAGCUAAUUUUAGGAGUAUAGAACCGUCACAGAAUAUGUGUUUCCUUUGGCAUGUAACCACACUCCACGUAGUGGCGGCCUGUCAUUCAGGGAGGGGGUUGCCUGUUUUGCAUGUUAUUUUAGAAGUAAUACGUGUCUCAUAUCAGUUUGCAAACAAUGUAAAAUAAAACGUUUUAUUAUUGACUUAAUAAACCCUCCAUAAAAA